UCCUGCAAUUUACAAAUGAUAUUUCAGAUUCAAGAUUUCCAAGAUGGGAAACUUUAACCCGGAGAUGCUACAAGAAUUGUUACCCCAGUAUUAUAAACGGUUGUUCCCCUACUCUCAGUUUAUCCGCUGGUUGCAGUACGGAAAUAUUGACAAAAAUUAUCUUUCUCACAGGGAAUUCUCAUUUACCCUGGAGGGCGAUAUAUAUCUCAGAUAUCUAACCUUCACCAACCAAGCUGAGUUUGAGGCAGCACUCAAGAAGAAAUGUCCAAUCAAGAUAGAUAUAGGAGCUGUAUACAACGCAAGAGCAACGGAGCACCGACGUAUGACAAAUUUCGCGCCCAUGGAGCGUGAACUGGUGUUUGAUGUGGAUUUGACGGAUUACGACGAUGUUCGAACCUGCUGCAGUGGAGCCAGUAUCUGCCCAAAGUGCUGGAGAUAUAUGACGGUUGCGGUUCAGAUCAUUGACUCGGGGCUCAGGGAGGACUUCGGGUUCAAUAAUAUACUCUGGGUAUAUUCGGGACGACGAGGAAUACAUUGUUGGGUUUGUGACCCUCAAGCUCGUCAGUUGUCAGGGAAAGCUAGAUCAGCUGUAGCAGAAUAUCUCCAGCUUGUAUCCGGAGGGGAUCAGACUACAAGGAAGGUCAACCUGAAGGGGGAGAUGGGAGUUCAUCCUUCAGUUGAGAGAGCUGUAAACAUAAUUAAGAAGAAUUUUCAAAAGUUGUGUUUAGAAGACCAGGAUAUUCUAGGAAAUGGAAGAUGGAACAAAGUAGUGGAUAUAAUAUCAGAUAACGAUCUCAAGGACGACAUUCUGAGCAGUAUGGAGUCAUGUUCUACAAGUAUUCAAAGAUGGAAUGUGCUGAGUGGUAAGGUGAGAGACUACGUGAACGCCAAGGAUUGGAAGAAAAGGAAGACGACGAAAGCAGUUCUUCAAGAGAUAAUGCUUCAGUUUGCAUAUCCUAGGUUGGAUAUUGCUGUGUCAAAGGGCAUGAACCAUUUAUUGAAAGCCCCAUUCUGUGUUCAUCCUAAAACAGGACGGGUUUGUGUUCCCUUUGAUCCCAGUAAGGCUGAGCAGUUCAACCCAGACGAGGUUCCCACUAUCUCUACCCUGCUGGACGAGAUCGACGAGUUCUCCAAGGAUGCCAGCGAGGCCGGCAAGAAGAUGAAGGAUUAUAAGAAAACUUCUUUGAAGGAAUCGAUCAAUAUAUUUGAGGAGUUUCUCUCAACGAUGUCCAAGAACUGGAAGGGGGAACUUAUCGCUCAGAGUGAUGAAGCAAUGGAUUUCUAAAAUAUUGAUCAUUUUUUAAAAUCUAGAUCAUAGUCAUCUGAUUAAUUAAGAUAAAUCUAGACAUGAUGUUCUGAUCAAAUCCAGAUCAGAGUCAGAGUCAUCUGAUCAAAUACAGAUCCUGUGAUCUGAUCAAAUGCAAAUCCUGUGAUCUGAUCAAAUACCGAUCUUGUGAUCUGAUCAAAUACAGAUCCUGCGAACUGAUCAAAUACAGAUUCUGUGAUCUGAUCAAUUGCAGAUUCUGUGAUCUGAUCAAAUACAGAUCCUGUGAUCUGAUCAAUUGCAGAUUCUGUGAUCUGAUCAAAUACAGAUCCUGUGAUUUGAUCAAAUACAGAUCCUGUCAUCUGAUAAAAUACAGAUCCUGUCAUCUGAUCAAAUACAGAUCCUGUAAUUGGAUACCAUCCAGAUUAUGUGGAUUUGAUCAUAUUCAGAACAAAGUGAUCCGAUUACAUAUAGAUAACGGUGAUCCGAUCAAAUUGAGAUCAUUAAGAUGAUCAAAUCCAGAUCUAAGUGAUCUGAUCAAAUCCAAAUUAUAAUGUUCUGAUCAACUCGAAUUGAAGACUUACUAUAAUCCGAGCAACAAAAUGAUAAUUAUGAAUAAGUACAAAUGCCAUUUCUAAAAUAAUCCAAGAAAUAUUUUAUUUUUUUUAUUUUUUAAAUAAUUCUAUUUUCAUCGCGUUAUAUUUCUAUGUAUCUGUAAAUUGUAAUAAAACUUUUCAAGAUUUGUA